AAGCCUCAAGAGUGGAAAGAAGAAAAUUGAAUUUCAUCCCCCGUUUCCCCAUUGCUGUGCUCCAGCCUCUCACCCGCUGAGGGCCAGCACUUUUCUCUUACUGGCAUACCCAAGCGGAAAAAUCAAGCAGGGCAAAACCAGAAGAAGGAGGAGGCAAGUUGAGGAAGAGUUAAAGAAAGAAAGUAAAGAGGAGGGAUGUUGUUUCAGGUAGGAGGACAAGGGACUCGUCCCACCUUCUUCGAAAUGGCCGCUGCCCAACAGCUCCCUUCGAGUCUUCGUGCUGCUCUCACUUACUCUCUCGGCGUAUUGGCUUUAAGAAGACCCUUUAUUCACAAAAUCCUGGACUAUGAGGAUGAAUUCUUCGCUUUGCUAACGCUUGUCUUGGAAACCCACAGCUUGAGAACAACCGAUGCUUCUUUUGCCGAGUCUCUUUAUGGGUUGAGAAGAAGAGCGGUUAAUAUUAAAGUAAAAACAAAGGAUAAUAUUCACAGCAAGAAGAAGAUUUUGCCAUUGGAUUCCCCUGCUGACGCAAUUCAUCAUAAUGGUUUAGAGAAACGCCAGAAAAUCCUCUCUGUUGUAUUUUUGGUUGUGUUGCCGUAUUUUAGGUCCAAAUUGCAGUAUGUAUACAAUAGAGAAAGGGAAGCUACACUUCAAGCGAGCUUAUGGGGUGAGGGUGAGGAAAGAUUUGGCAACAUAGACUACUUUGAUGGAAGUGGAAAUUCCUCAGCUUCUGGGAGCAGUUCUGGUGAAGAAGCAUCUACCACGAGAAGACGCGUCAUGAAGAGAAUACAGAAGAUUAUAGCUGCUUGCUACCCGUGGAUACACGCUGGAAGUGAAGGAUUGUCUUUUGCUUAUCAGCUUUUGUAUCUACUAGAUGCUACUGGGUUCUACUCUUUAGGAUUACACGUUCUAGGGAUUCAUGUUUGUCGAGCUACAGGGCAGGAGCUGAUGGAUACAUCUUCAAGAAUUUCUAAAAUCAGGAGCCGCGAACGUGAGAGACUCCGUGGCCCCCCUUGGCUGAAGGCAGUGCAAGGUGCACUUCUAAGCAGUAUGUAUGCAGUUCUUGACUAUGCACAAACUGGUUUAAUUGCUGCAGUAUUUUUCUUUAAAAUGAUGGAAUGGUGGUACCAAUCUGCUGAGGAGAGAAUGUCUGCUCCAACAGUGUAUCCCCCACCACCACCUCCUCCUCCCCCAAAGGUUGCAAAGGAGGGAAUUCCACUACCUCCAGAUAGAACGUUAUGCCCUUUGUGUUCACAAAAGCGUGUAAAUCCAUCAGCUGUGGCUGUUUCAGGAUUUGUCUUUUGUUAUUCUUGCAUAUUUAAAUACGUCUCUCAGUACAAGCGCUGCCCAGUCACCUUGAUGCCUGCGACAGUGGAGCAAAUUCGGCGGCUUUUUCAUGAUAUGUAGGAUAUCUUUUUAUAGGGGUAUUUGGACCCAAUCUUCGUGCCCAAAAAUCUGUGCAUGGUAGGCUUGUAGCAGUUCUGUACUGUAUUCUCCAAGUACUGAGUGAUGCUUCCUAUUAUGCCGCAUUUCAGGAAGCUUUUAUCAUCUUGCUAUAUAGUCUACACUAAACUUAAACAGUAAAUUGUACAUCUGUAGCCAGAAAUCAAUUUCUACAACUUAAUUCUUUUGUUUAAUUAUACUAGCAGUUGGCCUGUUACCUCA